AUGGAUAGCAAUCAAUAUACAAGGCUGAUCCAAAACAAAUACGUCAUAAUUUUAAGUAAAUUAUUAGGCCAUGUAAAUUUUAAUAAAUACUAGGUUUAAGGGAAGCUACGCCGAAGUCCAUUUGGGGUACUACUAUUAAAAUGAGAAACAAUUGAUUGCCAUUAAGAGUUUUGAUAAGAAAUCAAAAAAACUGAGAUAAAUGAAUGAAUAUAUCGAUCGAGAAAGACACAAUUAGUUGUAAUUAUAAAGUCCUAAUAUUGUGAAGUAUUGAUUCCUUCUAUUUAGAAUGAUAGAUUUUGUUGAGGAUGAGGAUUACUUUUAUUUCAUCUUGGAGUAUUGCGAAUAAGGAAGUCUUUAAAAUAAAAUCAAAACCGGCAAACUGCCCUAAGAAUAAGUCUUUGAGAUUUUCUAAUAAAUUGUACAGGGAUACAAGGUUAUUAGAGAAAAAUAAAUUAUCCACAGAGACCUAAAACCUGAAAAUAUUCUAUUUUCAAAAGGGGUUGCCAAAAUAGGAGAUUUCGGAUUCUCUAGACUACUGGAUGAACUCGAUCAGAAUGUUCCUUAAUCUAAUCUUGGAACUCCAUUAUAUGUAGCACCUGAAGUCAUGACUGGAUAAUAUUCAUCUAAAGCUGACAUCUGGUCUUUAGGUGUCAUUCUUUAUAAACUGUUAUAUGGCAAAACACCUUUGGAAAUGUAGCCUAACAGGGGAUCAAAUAUAUGGUAAGUUUAUUAUCCAGAGAACAUAGCAAUACCCAAAUAAUAUUUAAAUUUAAUGUAACGAAUGCUAACUGAGGACCCUACAUUAAGAAUUGGAUGGGAAGAGACAUUUAAUAUAGUGGAUUACGUAUUUUCUCAAUCGGAUCUACAAAAAUCAUAUCAAUUGCUUCAGGAUAAUUAUAUUAAGGUGAAUAGCAUUUAUAAUUAUUUUUUAUACAUUUCAGAUAUCAUUAAAUUCGUCAGAUAAUUGAUGAGAGAAGUAUAAGAAAUUAGUUAAAUGAUAUCGUUAUCAACAGAGCAAUAAUUAAAUUACACAGUCAUUACCUAAAAGUACAUGGUCAAUGAAUUGAAAUUUUAUAUUGAUGUUCUCUAAGGAAAGGUAUUUGUAAAUAGUCAAUAUUAGAAUCUGUUCUUUAUUUAAAUACUACCAGAUGAUUUUAAAUUAUUUAAGUAGAGUGAAAAAUAUCACCAAACAUUUCAGAAUUUCCAAUAAAAUUAUGAAUAAAUGAAGGAACCUUACAAAAAAGCCAAAUAGAAUUACGAGUUGUUCUAAUAAAGUACCUAAAAUACAAACUAACCUGUAACACAAUUAUAAUUUAACUUGCCUUAACACAUUGUGGCACUAUCAUCUGAUUAGAAUGAUUAGAAUGAUUAGGCAUUUGGUGAAGUCUUCAACAAAAUCUAUCACAAUAUAAUUGAACACAUACGAUCAAAAUUGAAUACUCAGGUCCUUUAGAAUACACUUAAAAAAACCCUAAUGAAGAUCCUAAUCAAAUUAUUAUACACUUUGUAGCCUCUCUAAUUUAGCCAUCGAAUUUUUGAACCAUCGACAAUUGAAUAAAGGCUUUUCAAUGAAUAAGAUUUAGAAAAUGAGUUUAAAAUUAUCUAUGCAAGAUGCGGCAGUCAGCAAUUAUGA